UGGAGGGGGCGGCCGGGGGAGGUGAGGCGGCCGCGCGGAUGAUGACGGGGCUGGUGGGCAGCCCGGUGGCUGCCGUCAUGCAGGAGAACUUCGGGUGCUCCGUCGCCAAUCGCUUCUACCAGCUCCUGGACGACGAGUCGGACCCGUUCGACGUCCUGCGCGAGGCCGAGCGCCGCCAGCAGCAGAGGAAGAAGGGCGACGAGGCGGCGGCCGCGGUCGCCGGGAGAGCCGUGCCCGGGGGCCGGGCGGGCGGCGGCAAGAGGGAGAGCCAGAAGGAGCGCAAGCAGCCGGAGAGCUCUCCUGCCCCCGGCCCUGCGGCGCCGCCGCAGCCAGGCCCAAAGCGAGUACCCAGGCAGGGAGAACAACAAGGGUUCAGUAACAGAAGCACAGAGGGGAAAAGAGACAAAACUGAAUGGAGACCAUCUUUCAGGGAAUACCGUCCCUAUGGACCACAAAGACAAGUGGAAUUCUCAGUGGAACGACCAGUGGAAAGAUUAGACUAUGAAAGACCAAUAAGAGGUCGUGGUGGAGGAAGAGGCAGAAUGAGAGGUAGAGGAAGAGGUGGUGGAUUAAAUGGAAGUUUUGAUGGGUUUGACCAAAGAAGAAAACGGGAACCUGAAAGACUAAGUGGGAAUGAUAAAACUGGGAUGGAACAGACUGCAUCUAUGGAGGAGACCGUGUUAACUCCUGAACAGCCAGGGACAUCUGAAGGAGAACCUCUGAGCAAAGCUGCUGAAGGAGAGCCAAUGGAAGUGGUUCAAGAAAUGACAUUAGAUGAGUGGAAAAAUCUUCAGCAACGGAAUCGACCAAAGCCUGAAUUCAACAUCCGGAAACCAGAAUCUGCGGUUCCUUCCAAAGCAGUGGUGAUUCACAAGUCAAAAUAUAGUGACAAUUUGCAUAAAGAAGACUUUGAAGAUGAUUCUCAUGUCUUUAGAAAACCAGUGAAUGAUAUAACUUCCCAGCUGGAUAUUAAUUUUGGGAGUCUUCCUCACCCUGGCCGUGGAUCAAGAGGAGCACGAGGUGGUCGUGGUCGUGGCAGAAGACCUGAAGAGACAGGACCUCGACCAGAAGUAGUGGUGCAGCUUGUUGCUCCAAAUCCUGAUGACCCUGAGGAUUUUCCGGCUUUAGCUUAAAGACCCAUCGUGAAUGGUGGUAUCUCAAAAUCACUUUGUAACUAUGAAGAGACCAGUUCUAUGCUGCUGUGGAUUAAGGAAGCCUGUUUUCUUCUGGAAAGUUGUUUGGGUGUUUGGUGUGGAAUGAUUGCACCUGUCUGCUAAUAGAGUUGGGUUCUGGAAAUAUGGGUGGACUGGGAUCCUGUUACAGGUUCUAAUGUCUGCCGCCAUUUGUGAAUCCUAUGGGAAGGCUUACAGUACUUCCCUACUAGGCCUCAAGUGAAGUUAAAGGGAAGAGUGUUUAAAAAUGUAUAUAUAGAUAUCAAAUUCUCCAUGACACCAUGGUGAAAUGUAAACUGUACAACAUGAUCUACAAUUGGAACUUAGUUUCACUGAACAUUUGAAAGCUGUUUCCUUUGGGUGAAGUGUAUACUUCAGACAGUCACGAAUUGCAGUUCUUCAGAGUUUGGCAAAUAAAGAAAAGUGCACAUUGGUUUGGGUUUGAGGUAUUAUUUUAAGGAGUCAGAAUGAUAGGUGGAAGCUUUUGCUAUUUGGAUGUAGUCUGGGGGGAAAAAUCCCAAACCCUAAAAAGCAACCUGUACUUACCAAAAAAGUGAACAUCUCUCUAAAUGGAAGUGAUCUUUAAAAUCAAGGCAGCACAGAUGCUUUGAUUUGACACCUAACCGUAAGUCCUACUUCAGUAACAAGAUAAUAGUCUGCAAUUACUUUGAAGAUUAAGUGAAAUAAGAAUUUUGAUCUAAAGACACAACUAUGUUAUUAAGGAAACUUUUAAUUUCAGCAGAAGCAACUACAAACUAAAAUGUUUCAUGCCUUACCAAAAAAUCUGUGAUGUUGGGGAUGAGGUGCAAUGUACUCCCAUUGCAGCUUUAAUAUACUUGAGCCAGAUUUUUUAACUGUUUCCUGUCAAGGGGACACUGAGAGCCAUUCUGGGGAAUCUGAGAGAAAGAAAAUGGUGCCAGAGGUGAUGACAGAAAUUAGAGAGAACAAGCACACUGGACAUUCUGGAUGUAGCUGUCAGCCUCACAGGAGUCUUCAAUUGCCUGCUCAGCUUGAACACAUUCUUUCAAUUUACUGGGAAAGCAGAUGACUAUAAACCUUUCAUGUUUUCCAGUUCUGUGCCUCACUUCUAAGCAGUCUCCUUUCAGAACAAAUAGUGGAUGAAGCUUAAAAAAAGUUUUAAUUUGGAGUAAGCCAUAAGAGUACUCACAAUCACAAAAGACUUUUUUUACUGAUAAGGCUUUACUCAAACAGGAUAUAGUCAUCCUAGAAAGACUCUUUUCUAUAUGCUUCAAACACAUGGUCUGUAGAGUAGUUCAGCCCAAAGGGGUUUUUUUUUACAUUGUUAAAUUACUUACAUGACAAUUUGCUAUGAGAUUUUGUGUUCUGCAAGAAGUUCAUUGUAGUGGCAUAGAGAUGCUCUGACUUGUAGUAGGAAGAAUGUGCAAAAGCAAAGUGCUGGUGUUAGAGGAACCUAUGCUGCUACUGUUGGAAUAACUGAAUUGGAUGAAAUAAUGCACGACUACUUCACUUUGUAGUCACAAGUAAGUUGUUUGAAAUCACUGCAGUUUAAGAUUUACAUGAUGCUGCCCUUUUUACGGGCGUUGUUUGUUUCUACCAAAAAUGGCAAUUUAAUCAAUGUGGAAUAGAAGUGAUUUUGUCUAUGGGGUUCUUGGAAUAUUUCACUUGUUCUUCCUUUCUUGUUUUCAUAUUCCCAAUGGACAGGGAAGAAUGUGUCUGAAUUUUUGUUUAUAUUUUUACUUGCUGGGGUGAGUGUAUGCAUAGAGAUGUGGAGAGCUUCUUUGCAGGGCUUCCUUCUAUUUCCUGUCAUAUUUUGAAUGUGGCCUUCUCUCCUACUAAGACUUCUUUUUGCUAAGGAAGGUGUUCAUAUACUUAAAAGUAACCCUCCCUUUCUCUACUAUAAAUUUAAAUCUUUGCUAUGCUGUGCUGGGAAGCUCAGUCUGCUGUGAUGCAUUCAGUUUAGUACUGACUGUUCUCUGGGAAGGGUGAGAGAAUUGUUUUAUUUUUCAAUCUCUUCCCUGCUGUUGCAAAGUUACUGUUUAUUCCUCUAACUUUGAUCUGCCUUUCAAAACAGAAUGACAAAUAGGUUAUUUGGGGAAUGCUGUAAAGGACUUGUGAAAAUGUAUCUGUAUAAUCCACUUUUGGUCAGCAGAUUUUUUAACUCCUGGUUAAAAGGAAAAAAGGCUGGUUACAAGACUUUAAUUAAAAACAGAACAACCAACCAAAACUAAAAAAUACAACUCAUCCAAUUCAAAACUUUGUGAGAAUGAGAUUUAGUGUAAUGGAUUACUGCUUAAACCAGAAGUUUCUUAGAGCUGUGUGACAAUUUUAUUUUUCAGUCUGUCAGACUUGAAUAUGGCUUAAGAGUUUCUUGAGUUGAUGGUAUAUCCAAGUACAGAAAAGAAAUUAUUAAUUGUAAGUGAUGACAGUGAUGCUGUUCCUUUGCCUAGCUGUGAUAACAGAACUGUGAAUCUCAGUCAUCUGUCAUAUUUAAGGUAUCAAAAUAGCUGUAUCUGUAAAGCACAGAUUUGCUGCUGUCACUCCUGGUGUAGCUUUACUCCUUCACGUAAAGCAGUUGGCAGCAGGUAUAUAUAUGUACACAAACACUAGUAGAACAUGGCAUGCAUAUUUAGAAGAGAUUAAAUUGUGUUGCAGAUCUUA